AUGCUAAGAACAGCGGCCGCGUCACGGCUCCGUACGUUUGUGCUGCGCUACUUGCCGUGCUCUCGCCGCGCGUCGUUGGAACGCCUCGUCCGCCGCCUCGCGUUCUGGCACUGCCCGGCCGUGAGGAAAGUACCGCUGCUGUCGGGGAGGCGAUGGAGUGCUGUCCGACCCCGCUCACCUUGCUCCUCUCCCGCAGGUGCCGGUGAUGCCUCCCCAGAUGAAGGGGUCGAAGCAGAUCUGCCGGUUAUAGAUGAGAGAGCAGUGGAGCAGCUGACUGAAGGGCUGAUUUCUCACUAUUUACCUGAUCUUCAGAGAUCCAAAUCAGCUCUGCAGGAACUUACACAGAACCAAGUGGUAUUACUAGAAACAUUAGAACAAGAAAUUACAAAAUUCAAAGAGUGUAACUCCAUUCUUGAUAUCAAUGCCUUGUUUUCAGAAGCUAAACACUAUCACAGCAAGUUAGUGAAUAUUAGAAAUGACAUGAUGAUGCUCCAUGAGAAGACAUCUAAGUUAAAAAAAAGAGCACUUAAACUACAACAAAAGAGGCAGAAAGAAGAACUGGAAAGAGAACAGCAGCGUGAGAAGGAGCUAGAAAGAGAGAAGCAGCUAACAGCAAAACCUGCAAGGAGGACAUGAAAGCAGAGCGUGCAACAACUUGUCCAAAUUAAUCAUUUCUGCAUUCUCUGGAGUUAAGGCAAACUUUGAUUAAAGCAGGCUACAGUUAUUACUAGCAACAGUCUACUCUGGUGUUAUAAAUUCCAGAAUGUUAAUAAUCAGUAGGUAACAUUCAAAUUUUUCACUUCAGUCAUUCAGGUUGCCUUCUUUUGUAAUGCUAUGCAGUUUGAUACUAUUACAGUAUAAGUUAAUUUUAUAUAUAAAAAUACAUAUAUGUAUAUUGGAGAACCUAGGCAUCAUGGGUAUUUAAAUAUCUGUAACUUUUUAAUCUGUUCUUCUGGUGCUUAGAAGUCUGAGAGCUAUUUUGUGAUUGGCAUAUAUAUAUUUUCCAGACAAUAUACGGAGUCGUAGUUGUUAAAGUUUAAUCCUGGUACCUGGACUUCAGAGCCUGUCUGUUACACUGAAUCUGCAUUGAGUCUGGCAGUUGUAAUUUCUUUUCAAUGCCGUGAAUCAGAAAUACAGACUUUUUUUUUUUCCAACCUUGAUUUAGUUGGUUAUUGUUUUUUCCUUUUGUAUGCGUAAUUGAGCUGAACAGUUUCAUCUUUAUGUGGAAUUCAGUUAUUUGUAAGAAAAGUUAGUGCAUUUUUUUCCAUUUAUUCAUGUGCAUUUAGGGGCUACGUGAGCUAGUAUUGUAUGCUGUCCUUACUUAAAAUGACUAUUAUUAAUGAACAUGAUGAUAAAUAUUGUAUGGCUGUUGAUAUCCGUUUCUCUGAAUUGAAUUACUUGCAGCACUUCGUGUGAACUCCCUGGACUCAGGGCCUGGACUCUACUGUGCUAUGUUUUUUAUUUUUCUGAAGUCAUAAUUUCUACCUGUAAGAUUUUUUUUUUUCUUUGAAAGAUCUACUGUUAUGAGUAGUCAUCAAAACAUUGCAGUUCAUUUUGUGUGCUUGGAGCAAGGAGAACAAACUACUGAAGUAGUCUGAAAUGCCUUUUCUGAAGUAGUAAUGGGUUAAAACUGAAGUUGGCUUUUGUUUUGUCUUAAUUGCCAGUGGAUUGUUGACCUGUGCUGUGGUUUAUGUGUAUUUCUGAAAGAAAUGUUAAAGAAUUUCUACAGUCCGUUUUUGGAGCAAAAUGUACAUAACUGAAUAUUGUUUAAGGUUUUUUAUUUUAUAAUGUAACUUCAGAAUUUUUAGGAAUUUAGUUCUUAUUAAAACAUAACAUGAAA